UUUCCAUUUCAUAUUGUUGUGACAUCGUCAUUUAGGCUAUGAAAGGUUUCCUUGUGACCCAGAAAAUAUCAGUCACAGAAUUCGUUAAAUCUGCUCGAGGCCUUCUGAACGAGGGCCUCUAUGACUCCGAGGAGAUAGAAGGGAUCUUAGGAGACAUCGAGGAACGCUGGGUGGAUAUAAAUACAAAAGUCAAUGACUGCGAGGAGUGGUUAUCUGAAAUGACAACCAAACAUAAAUCCUGUCGAGACUCUAUUGGUUCGAUUAUGAGCUUCCUGGACGAUGGUGAGAUGAUCUUGGAGUCGUUGGCUACAUUUGAUGGUGAUCUUGACAGCUUGCUAUCACAGAAGACAAGACUCUGUAAUCUUGAGAACGAGUUGAAUGAUCUUCGUCCGACUGUUUACAAUCUAAACAGUAUCCUGGUUGAACUAAACAACGUCUGUGAUGAGAGUGUCUUGUAUGAACUGGACAAAGAUAUUCGCGAACUGAACCUGAGGUAUGGCAGCGUUGCGGAAAAGAUUAAGAAUCAUAAAAUCCAAACGGAACAGAUGAUCUCCGCUUGUCAGGAGUUCGAUAAAGACUGCGCCGAGGUUUUGGCAUGGCUUGAAUACCAGGACAAUGUAUUGCAUCAAGAUUUGGAACCCGAAGAGCAAAUAUUGGCUUCUGAACUUGCCCAGUUGAAGGAUUGUGAGCAACUUCAAGAAGCGUUGAACAGACAACGAGAGUUCUUUGAGACUGUACGAAAUCGUGGCCAGGAAUUGAAAUCAAGAAUGAAACAAGGAAAUCUGCAUGUUUCUCCAAAACUAACAAAACUCACGAGAACUUUCAGUGAUUUUGCCAACGCUUUAAACCAGAAACAAGAAAGGUUGAAAGUGAAAACCAACUCAUGGCGGGAAUUCUGCGCUAAAUUUCAAACCCUGGAUGAACGUGUUAAAGAGAGUGAGAAACAGGCUUAUACGACUCGAUAUUGCGAUACGAAAGAACAUUAUAGAUUACUGCAGCGACUAAUUCGUGAGGCAAUCCAAAUGCGCCCGGAACUGGAGGAAUUGAUAGAAUUUACUGAAGAACACUUCCGGGACAAGGAGUCUGAACAAGGGAAGAGUGCCCGAAACGAAGUGGAAGAAUUACGCCAAAGAUUAGAAAUUCUCACAGCCGAGUUGGAUUCCAAGAAAACAGAAGUUGAAACGGUUCAGAAACUGCAAGCGAAAUUCCAAGAACAAUGUCGACAUUUGAAUGCUGUGUUGCAAGAUACUGAAGCGAAGUUGAGGAACGAAGAUGAUGUCGAACAUUUGCAUGAGCAGGAACAGUCGUUUGAGUUCUUUCAGAGCAACAGCGAAAGAUACCAGGAGGAGUUGUUGUGUGCUCAGCGUCUGGCCGAAACUCUGGAUCAAAACAAAGAACGUGGAUGCAAGCACUCGCGCUGA